AUAGAAUCAGAGAAUAAACAACUCUCAGUCCGCGCAGUCACUGGCGACCCCCGUGGUUUCUGUAGCGACGCCUACUCUACCGGGACAGGGAAUGGGCGGCUACCCAUCAGCCAUUUCCACCUCAUAUGGUACUGAAUAUUCUCUGAGCAGUGCGGAUCUCUCCUCGAUAUCUGGCUUUAACAAUGCCAACACUCUGCAUCUGGGUUCAAUGAGUGGAUGGCAGCAGCAUCAGAUCCAGAACAUGCAGCACUCUGCUCUCAGUCAGCUGGGAAAUUGCUCUAGCACUCACUUAUGUCAGGGUUCAAAUCUCUCCCUGCCCUCUACUCAAAGCCUGCACAUCAAGUCCGAACCUGUUUCUCCUCCUAGAGAUCGAUCCAGCAGCACUACGCCUGCCGGCUACGGCCCGCUACCGUCCCACCAGCAGCACCAGGGCCCGCCCCCACAAGGGCGACAGGACUCGGGCCGCUCCCCGGCCGACAGUCUCAGCAGCUGCGGCAGCUCGCAUGAAGGCAGCGACCGCGACGACCACCGUCCCGACUUCCAUUCGCCAUUAGGAUUGGGCCGGCCCGGCCUGGAUGAGCAAGACAGCCCAUCCGUCAAGCGUGUCCGCCUCUCGGAGGGGUGGGCCACAUGAUAAGCCAUGCCCCCCUUGGACAGCCCCAUCCUCGAUCUUGACCUCGAUCUCCCCAUGUGCUAAUCAUUGCUCUCCCUUAUUCUCUGAUUUGCUGUAGAGAGGGGAGGAAGUGCUCUCGUAAUUACCUGUAUUUUUGUUUUAUUAUUAUAUUAUUUUAUCAGAGUGUGUCUGAUAUACAUAUUGUUGUGAUUGAUGGGUUUUCAGGGAGGGAAGCGGGAAGGAGGACUGAUACACCAGGGUUGGGGAGGGUUUAGUGGGUGGGGUUACUAUGCAUAACUUGUGCAGUGUGUGGAAUACAAUGUAAAGAAUGACCAUAUAUGCAUAUAUAUUUACACGUUGUGUAGGUGUACAUGUAUGCAGAGUAACAAACCAACAAAAAGUGUCAGGUACUCUUGGAUCUUCUUCUACUUUUUUUUUUUUUUUGUAAAGUACAUGCCUCAGUGAUGUUCAGCCACAAGAUGAGCACAGUAGAGAGCGUAUCGCGGAGGUGACAGCUUAGCACUUGGGUUGUUGUACCAGUACAAUAUGUACAGAUUCCUUUUUUAGUGCCACUCUCUUCAGAGGGCCCCUUCGCUAAAUGUAUGUUAUGGGUGACAAUGUCAUGUUGCAGGUUCAACGUAUUGUACAUAGAGAAAAGGCUGGGACACGGGGGAAGGGUCAAGGUUGCUGAUUUCACACAAACAUAACUGUUAUGCAAGAAUUUCGAAGGAUUGUACAGAUAU